AUCUUCGCUGGCCGCUAGCAAUCUGGCCGACCUAGUCAGACGAAAAUUUCCCAGAUGUGGACAGGCUGGAAAGGACCAUACAUGCUCUGUGUGGCUCUGCUGGUCUUUCUUACCGCUGUACAUGCCAACACCGAGAUCAUCAACUUUCACACGAGACGAGGGCUCGAAGAUCCCAGGGCAGCCAGGGUGUUCUACUCCCAUGACCAACUCGAUGUGAUCAUCGGGCCGAACCACCCGUUGAGACUGAACACUACCUCUGCCGAAGAGGUGCAAUGGCGUAUCGGUCUCCUGCUCGAUGGACCCGCCGCCGCAUCUUCUAAAGCCUCAUGGACGGCUCGUAUCUCUUGGCCAGCUACGAUGCCUUCGGAUUUCGAUAUCCGCGUCGUCCCCUGGAAACCAACCGACCACAAGACUUCCCUUUCGUCCACUCACGAUCGACUGCUUACCAUAACUCGCCGGUACACUGGAGUAUCUUUUCCAUCUCCCAAAGGAUCCAUCCUCUCGGCAGGGCCAGGUGACCAGCACACACAUGCAGCGGAAGAGCUCACAGGAGUGACCUUCGACCUGAUCGUCGAGCCUUUGACGUUCGGCGUGAUCCCCUUCACAGCAUGGCCGACGAUCCUCAACGUGGUAUUGAUGGCUUGUGCAGGGUACUUGUUUGCGACGAAGAUCGUACUCCCGCGAUGGAUCGAUCCUCUAUUGGUCAAACGAGAUGAAAAGACGGAGUAGGCUUUCGGCUUCCUCUCGGUUUCGACAAGGUUGUAUCUGGGUGCGGAUACCCUUUAUGAUGAGAGACAUUACUACUCCGAGCAUAUAGACCAUA